UCAUAAACAGCUCGUCAACCACCUCGGUAGCUUGCUAGCCAACAUAGCCGAAAGAUUCAAGCUAUUUAGACGCUUUCGGUGUAUAUUAGCUACUGUGUUUUAGACACACUUAGGUCGUAUCUACUUGUUAACCUAUUUAAUAUUACGUUAUUUUGUAUCAGUCAGCUAUAGGAGCUGGCUGGUCCAAUUAGCACUAGCCUAGUCGCUAAUGAUAGCUAGCUAGCUAACGUCCCCGACCAUGAGCUCCCUAAACAUCACCUCUCCUGUUAAAGAAGAGGUGAUCUGCUGGACGGAGAAAGAAGCUCUUGUGAAAGAGGAGAAGGAAGAAGACAAUAUCACAGUAAAACAAGAAGUAGAGGGUGAGGCUGUUACAGUGACAGAAGAGAAAGACGUUACAGUGAAAGAUGCGUUCAGAGUGAAAGAGGAGGAUUUUACUGUGAAAGAAGAGGAGGAUGUAGUUUUUCGUGUGAAAGAAGAGGAGGUUGGAGAUCUGUUUAACACCAGAGAGAGACGGGACUACCGUGGGUCCUCUGGGGAGCCUCAACAACCUCAUGAUGCUGACGAGGCAGAGAAGAGUCUCUCCAGAUCAGAACACAUCAAGAAACACCAGCGGAGAUCCACAGGGAAGAAACCUCACUGCUGCUCUGACUGUGGGAAGAGAUUCACCUCCUUAGCAGGCAUUAAAAUUCAUCAGAAAAUCCACACAGUAGAGAAACCUUAUAGCUGUCAAUGUGGGAAGAGUUUUACUCAUUCAACCAGACUGAUAUCACACCAGAGAACACACACAGGAGAGAAAUCGUAUAGCUGUGAUCAAUGUGGGAAGAGUUUUGUUACAUCUGGCCAUCUGAAAAUACACCAGAGAACACACACAGGGGAGAAACCGUUUAGCUGUACUCAAUGUGGUAAGAGUUUUACUCAGCUAAGCAACCUUAUAUCACACCAGAGAACACACACAGGAGAUAAACCAUAUAGCUGUGGUCAAUGUGGGAAGAGUUUUGGUCAAUCUAGCACUCUGACUCUACACCAAAGAAUACACACAGGAGAGAAAUCUUAUAGCUGUACUCAAUGUGGUAAGAGUUUUACUCAGCUAAGCAGCCUGAUAUCACACCAGAGAACACACACAGGAGAGAAGCCAUAUAGCUGUAAUGAAUGUCGGAAGAGUUUUAUUCACCUAAGCAGCUUGAUGUCACACAAGAGAACACACACAAGAGAGAAAUCUUAUAGCUGUACUCAAUGUGGGAAGAGUUUUGAUACAUCUAGCCAUCUUAUUGUACACCAGAGAAUACACACAGGAGAGAAACCUUAUAGCUGUGGUCAAUGUGGGAAGAGUUUUGGUCAAUCUAGCACUCUGACUCUACACCAGAGAAUACACACAGGAGAGAAAUCGUAUAGCUGUGGUCAAUGUGGGAAGAGUUUUACUACAUCUGCCCAACUGACUCUACACCAGAGAACACACACAGGAGAGAAACCUUAUAGCUGUGAUCAAUGUGGGAAGAGUUUUACUACAUCUGCCCAACUGACUCUACACCAGAGAACACACACAGGAGAGAAACCUUAUAGCUGUGAUCAAUGUGGGAAGAGUUUUGCUGCAUCUAGCACUCUGACUCUACACCAGAGAAUACACACAGGAGAGAAACCUUAUAGCUGUGAUCAAUGUGGAAAGAGUUUUGGUCGAUCUGGCCAGCUGACAUCACACCAGAGAAUACACACAGGAGAGAAACCUUAUAGCUGUGAUCAAUGUGGAAAGAGUUUUGGUCGAUCUGGCCAGCUGACAUCACACCAGAGAAUACACACAGGAGAUAAAUCUUAUACCUGUGGUCAAUGUGGGAAGAGUUUUACUACAUCUAGCAUUCUGACUGUACACCAGAGAACACACACAGGAGAUAAACCUUAUACUUGUGGUCAAUGUGGGAAGAGUUUUACUACAUCUAGCUCUCUGACUGUACACCAGAGAAUACACACGGGAGAGAAACCUCAUAGCUGUGAUCAAUGUGGGAAGAGUUUUGAUCAAUCUUGCCAUCUAAUUCAACACCAGAGAACACACACAGGAGAGAAACCUUAUAGCUGUGAUCAAUGUGGGAAGAGUUUUAGUCAAUCUGGACAGCUGACAGUGCACCAGAGAACACACACAGGAGAGAAGCCUUACAGCUGUGGUCAAUGUGGGAAGAGUUUUACUACAUCUAGCAAUCUGACUACACACCAGAGAACACACACAGGAGAGAAACCUUAUAGCUGUGAUCAAUGUGGGAAGAGUUUUGAUCAAUCUGGACAGCUGACAGUGCACCAGAGAAUACACACAGGAGAGAAGCCUUACAGCUGUGGUCAAUGUGGGAAGAGUUUUACUACAUCUGGUCAUCUGACUCUACACCAGAGAACACACACAGGAGAGAAACCUUACAGCUGUGAUCAAUGUGGGAAGAGUUUUGGUCAUUCUGGCACUCUGACUUUACACCAGAGAAUACACACAGGAGAGAAACCUUAUAGCUGUGGUCAAUGUGGGAAGAGUUUUACUCAGUCAACCAGCCUGAUAUCACACCAGAGAACACACACAGGAGAGAAACCUUAUAGCUGUGAUCAAUGUGGGAAGAGUUUUACUACAUCUAGCAAUCUGACUCUACACCAGAGAACACACACAGGAGAGAAACCUUAUAGCUGUGAUCAAUGUGGGAAGAGUUUUUGUCAAUCUAGGGAUCUGACAGUGCACCAGAGAACACACACAGGAGAGAAACCUUAUAGCUGUGGUCAAUGUGGGAAGAGUUUUACUACAUCUGGCUCUCUGACAUUACACCAGAGAACACACACAGGAGAGACACCUUAUAGUUGUGGUCAAUGUGGGAAGAGUUUUACUACAUCUAGCAAUCUGACUCUACACCAGAGAACACACACAGGAGAGACACCUUAUAGCUGUGGUCAAUGUGGGAAGAGUUUUACUCAGUCAACCAGCCUGAUAUCACACCAGAGAAUACACACAGGAGAGAAACCUUACAGCUGUGGUCAAUGUGGGAAGAGUUUUACUACAUCUGGCCAUCUGACUCUACACCAGAGAAUACACACAGGAGAGAAACCGUAUAGCUGUGGUCAAUGUGGGAAGAGUUUUGGUCGAUCUGGCCAGCUGACAUUACACCAGAGAAUACACACAGGAGAGAAACCUUACAGCUGUGGUCAAUGUGGGAAGAGUUUUACUACAUCUGGUCAUCUGACUAUACACCAGAGAAUACACACAGGAGAGAAGCCUUAUAUCUGUGAUCAAUGUGGGAUGAGUUUUACUUCAUCUAGCCAGCUGACUUUACACCAGAGAACACACACAGGAGAGAAACCUUAUAUCUGUGAUCAAUGUGGGAUGAGUUUUACUACAUCAAGCCAUCUGAUUCGACACCAGAGAACACACACAGGAGAGAAACCUUAUAGUUGUAAUCAUUGUGAGAAGAGUUUUCCUACAUCUGGCCAGCUGACUUCACACCAGAGAACACACACAGGAGAGAAACCUUAUAGCUGUGAUCAAUGUGGGAAGAGUUUUACUAGAUCUAGCUAUCUGACAGUGCACCAGAGAACACACUCAGGAGAGAAAUCGUAUAGCUGUGACCAGAGAUAAUCUGAUAAAAGAUCUCUGACUAAAUUUCAGAAAAUACAUGAAGGAGUUGUUUCAUGAUAUCAAUGAAAUGAUGUCACAAUGUAGAAUGUUUUAACAUUGUAGUAGGAGUGUUUUAAUGAUGUCACAAUGUAGAACCCUAAAUGUUUGUCCCCUGUUCUAUUGAUUUCAGCAUGAUAUGGAUAUUAGCCUCAGGGGGAAAAUCCAGGCUCUGAAUUGGAAGAGUACUAUUUAUAUGAUUUAACAAAAAGUGACUAACACAAAAAGAGCUGUGUUACACUUACCACGUUGGUGACCCACUUGAAUUAAAAUGCAACACUUCAAAAAUGAAAAUAAAAUCUAGGCUCUGAAAUGAAAGAGUACUAUUUAUGAGAUUUAGUAAGUACACAUUAUUCCCAGAUUCCGUGUGGUUUUGAGCUGUUAGUUUUAACAGGACGUGCAACCUCAUCUCCCUCCUGUCGCACAAAUGAUUUUAGCAUGAUAUCGAUGAGUUAUGACAAAUAAGUGUUGCGUUCCUUUGUUUAGCGACCCCUACAUUUAAAUGCAUUCCAACAUCACGUACAACCUGAUUUCCCCCCUAAUCGAUAUCAGUGAUUUAUUGCUACUUGUCAAAACAACACUGUUUCUGGUGCUUGUGCAGUUUAUAAGGAGCUUGUUUAAAAAAAUACAAGAAUUAUGAUUAUUGUGGCAGUUUGUGUAAAUAGCACAUGUUAUGUUUAGGUUUUCAAUUUAUCCCAAACUGUUUCUGCAUAUUGGUUAUUGAUUUGGACACGUUAAAACUGUGUUUUGACAUUGAGGCUAUCCCACCUAGCACAAUGUAAUUGAAAAGACGUUGAAAAUAAGACUAUGCAAUCAACAACAAA